AUGAGUUAUUUCUAUUCAGCUGAUAAAAAAAUGCCAAAACAUAGAGAUAACUAUCGCAAUAAAGUUUGCUUGAGGAUGAUAUAAAUCACAGUUCAAGAUUCAAAUUAAUUAGCCUAAUCCGAAAAGUAUUUGCUCGAUGGCCUCUUUUUUGAAAAUUUAAAAUAAUUAAGCUCUUUAACUUAUGUAAAAGGCUUUGAUGUUCAAAUGAAGCAUGACUUAAUGUAAAUAGAAUUUAUAGAUAUUAGAUGCCACACCUGA